CGACCGCCCCCCUCCCGUCACAAAAUGCCGUUGGUGACGAGGAACAUCGAGCCUCGCCAUGUGUGCCGCCAGGUGCUCCCCAGCACCAUCCGCAGUGAGCUGGAGUGUGUCACCAACAUCAGCCUCGCCAACAUCAUCCGUCAGCUAGGCAGCCUCAGUAAGUAUGCAGAGGAUGUGUUUGGAGAGCUGUUUGUGCACGCGGGGACGUUUGCUAUCAGGGUGAACUUACUGGGUGAGAGAGUGGACCGUCUACAGGUCAAAGUCACCCAGCUCGACCCUAAAGAGGAGGAGGUCUCUCUGCAGGCCAUCACCCAGAAGAAAGCUUUUCAUAGUAAUCUGACUCAGGAUCAGCAGUUAUUCUGUAGACCCUCUCUACCGCUGCCUGUACAGGAGACUUAUCUGACCUGCAAUCCUCCUCCACCACUCAACAACCUCAGCCAGUACAGGGACGAUGGGAAGGAUGCUCUGAAGUUCUACACAGACCCGUCUUACUUCUUUGAGCUGUGGAAGGAGAAGAUGCUGCAGGACACCAAGGACAUCAUGAAGGAGAGACGCAAACACAGGAAGGAGAAGAAGGACAAUCAAAAUAUGCGGACUCUGAAUCCCAGAAAGAUCAAGACCAGAAAGGAUGAGUGGGAACGACGCAAGAUGGGGGAAGAGUUUGUGGUACCCAAGAACGACAUGGGAGAAUCUCUUGAGGGUCUGAAUGGCAGUAUUGGUUCAGGAGAAGGCUGUUAUUCCCCUGAUGGGUUAGACCAGAGUACAGGGUCGUACGCCUUCGAUCCCGGCUCCCCCCUCCCUCCCCCCGCUCCCGAUGACUUCCUGCCCCCUCCACCCCCAGACAUGACGUAUGACGGACAGUACGGAGCACCAUCCCAGAAGCGCACCAGCGUUCUGAGCCCCACACACCCUCCUCCAGCCCCUCCCAUGACCUCUUCUGCUUCCAGUGGCUCCCGGCCCAACCUGGCCCCUCCCCCUGCCCCACCUCCCCCUCCCCCCUCUGGCUUGGGGAUCCCUCCCCCUCCCCCCUCUGGAUUUGACUCCUCCCCCCCUGCUCCCCCUCCUCUCUUCUCCUCUGCCUAUCCCUCCCCCCCUGCCCCACCUUCUCCUCUCUCCCAGACCACCAUCUCUCCACCUCCUCCCCCCUCUCUCCCCCAGGGUGGUGGCGCACCUCCUCCUCCUCCUCCUCCCCCGCCUCCUCCAGGCCCUCCUCCCCCUCUUCUGGCCUCCCCCUCCCUCCUUCUCCAUUGGGGCUCCCCCUCCUCUCAAGCCCACCCAGGUUCAGCCAGAGGCCCCGCUGACGCUCACAAUGACUUGCUGUCAGCUAUCCGUCAAGGUUUUAACCUUCGUAAAGUGGAGGAACAGAAAGAGCAGGAGAAGAAGGAUAACUAUGGCAACGACGUAGCGGCCAUCUUGUCUCGCCGUAUUGCUGUGGAGUGCAGCGACAGCGAAGAUGACUCCUCGGAGUUGGACGAUGACGAUUGGUCCGAGUGAGGCCUCCUUCACCACCACCACCACCAUCGUGGUCUUCCUCAGUCCUCCUCAGAGAGAGUGCAUCAUGUCCUCUUGCCAUUACUUCUUUAUAACCAAUGAUCUGAGGAGUAGAAUGGCCAAAGACAAGUGUGUCCUCUUCCACACUCCUGUCUAAACCAGUCACAUUCCCCUCAUGUGCCAGUCACAUUCCCCCCGUGUGCCAGUCACAUUCCCCCCGUGUGCCAGUCACAUUCCCCCCGUGUGCCAGUCACAUUCCCUGUAUGUUUUUUGUUGAACUUAACUGAUAGCCAAUGACUUCAGUAUGGAGAACGGUCCAAAUAUCAAAAACCCAAUUAUUUCUGAAGGGCACAUGGCCAAAGUGUGUGUGUGUGUGUGUGUGUGUGUGGUAAUGAGAAUCAUACUCAUAGAUAACAUAGUAUACCGUAUGUAUAGAUAUUGAUCCUUUACAUACAGACGAACAGUCCCAUGAUGGUAUGACUGAUGAACUGUGUUAAGAAUCAUAUUUUACUUUAUGAUAGUUAUAGAUGUGCUAAAGAACACACACCGAAAGUUGUUUUUCUUAUUGCAGUUUUUGUUUUUUUCCCCUGUCUUUGGCUCUAUUGUUGGCAUGGGAAUGGUUACCUAGGUGACGGAGGGACUCAUUAACAGGUGACUCAAUAAAACCAUGUCCGCUGUCAGUCAAAACAUGCUCUGCCCAAUAAGUGAUCCCUCUCUUGCCCUAGUCCCGCCCCUCCUUAAGUGCCUUUGCUUUUUCAUGUUUAUGUGCGAGGAGGAUGAAGUUACCCUUGGACACUGAUCUAGGGUCAGGUUUGUUUUCGUUCCCAUUCCCCAUAGGAUUGGAUGAUGCGUAACUGAUCUUAGAUCUGUGUCUGAGACAACUUGAUCGUCUUCUGUUUUAAGUGCCUUCUGUUUGUUUUAAAUCCAAAGAGUAAAGCCACAAUCAGACCUGAACAUGUUAUCAUCCAACCACAUGUUUCCGCUUGUCCCGUCUGUCUCGACUUUAUCCGUGAGGAUUAUCAGAAUAAUAAAGAUGAAGUACAGUG